UCAUCCGCAACAAACGAUCUUUGGCUCUAAAAAAACGACAAAAACACCAAAAUAAAACGCAGCUUAUUAUAAUGUGUGAAAACAGCUGUUUCCCUUCCAUCAGAUUUAAAGCUCUGGACUAUGUCUUUGAGACCUCCACCAGUCUGACAGUGAUGAUGAACUUACUGGCACUGCCCACCCCUUACUUCACUGGGACCAGUGACCUUUACCCCCACAGGGGCAAGCUGCCUGAAGUCACCUACAGGACACCAUGGACCAGAGGAAAGGUGAUCUCAACCUGCAAACUCUUCGUCAGUGGUUCUGUGCUCGAUGACCUGGGAGAAAAAAGCCAAGCAGAUAUUUCACCAGAAAGAUUUGAAGUGACUCUGAGUGAGGUGAAAGGGGAUCUGGAGGUGAUACCCAGCUCUAAUCCUGACUCACUGAAGGAUCUAGACCAGGAUGAGUAUGUCUGUCUUUUAAAGGAGUCAUGGAUCAAUAAUCCGUGUCAGGAAUCAUUUUUGAAGUGGACAACUGACCAGAUGAAACAUGGAAAUGAAAAGAAAGAUCUCUUCCUGCCAGAAGAGCUCAUAGUUGAUUACCUGCCACACUUUAAGAGACAUUUACCCACGCUGAAAGCUAAACUGUCCAGGCUUAGGACGCUUCCUGUGGCCGACCCUCUGCUGAGCUCAACAGGAGAUACCAUCUCUGAGGACGCCAUAUUCAGGCAUUGUGCGUCUUAUGAAAAACCUCCUGAUGUGAACACCAGGGAGAUUCAGACAUGUGGAAACAUUCAAGAGGAGUUUGGUAAAGAGUCACUGUUGAAAGAAGAGUCUCUUUUGCUGCCUGUUGUAGUGGACACAUUGAAACUGAGCCAAGAAAACUGCACCGCCUUCUCAAGCAUUUGUGAUCGAAUGACUGUUGCUCCUGAACAGCUGGAUGAGCAGCUUCCAGUCCUGGAUGUGCUUUAUAAAGGUUUCCUUUCAGAUGGAUCGUCAUCCAUUGACAUUUCCCAGUUUAAAGUUCCGGAGGAGCCUGACAAGAAAUGCAACAUAAAGGGAGGCUUGAUGGAGCUGGAAGGACGUGUGAAGCUUCCUAAUGAAAUGGAGCUGGACAUGACUUUGACCCCGAGUCCAAAGAGAAGUCAAACCCAAAUCUGUCCGUCCACAUGUGAACUUCAGGAGGAGGAGCUGUCAGUGCUCUGCAGAGGAUCUUUGGUGUCUGCGAAAGCUCAGAAAGAGAUGGAGACGGCGCUUUGGAAGGCGGAGAAGCAUCCAACCUUCGUGGUGGGCUUUCUGUUGGCAGAACCUCAUAUAUAUGAACCAGCUGUCGACUUCCAGCCGCUGUCUGAAGCCUGGAAAGUCUUAAAAUCAGAGAAUCGACCUUUCAUCAGCGUUGGUGACAAAUUGCAGUCACAGAUGGAGAUUGGAGCCCCGCAGAUGUUUUUGUGCAACAAUAGAGACUUCACAGAGAGCAUGAGGCCUGAGAUUCCCUCCACCACAGAGGAAAAGAUGGAGGACUUCAAAAAACUGUCCCCUGAACACGUCGAGUUCACACCCGUCCUGAUGAAUCCCACAAACAAAACUCAGUCAACUCACCUGAAGAAAUGUGAAACUACUGCGGACGACACCCGUCUUCAAAAAGAAACUUCAGCAGAUUUGUCUCAGAACGCCUUCCUGAUGCGCUCUGUCAACACAAACAAUAAGGAAGUAAAACCUGCAACCUUUAUAUUUUCUAAAUCUGCUGCUGCCACCAACACCAAAGAUGAAGUUUCAGACAAAAGGCUUUUAGAUGUUGCAGGCAUGUUUUCUGCUCGUAUGAACGACGUCAACGCAGGUAGAGACGACCGUAAGACAGAGCAGAGCCCUCUGUCCUCCAGAGAUAACCACAGAUGUCUGCCGGUUACGAGACGUCCACCAGAGAAGGCCCUCGACCCUCUGGCCACCUUCAUGAUGCUGAGAUCUCAGCAGACGGCUGCGGUUACUGAAGCACAUCAGAGCUCAACUCCAGCACCAAACGUGGACCAACAAAAACCAGCAUCUGAGCAUCAUCAGUCUCCUCCAGCGCUGAUGCAAAGAUCAGAUCAGAGGCCAGCAGCGUACAUGAGUGGUGCUGUGUCAGCAAAUGCUACCAGAGAGCAGAACGCAGCCGGUCAGGUGACGGGUAAAAUCAGUCCUCCUGUCCGUCAGUCCAUCCCUCAGAACAGACAGGACAGCAGAGUGGUCCAAAUCCAAGCUACCGACAGCCAGCAGCGAGCCCACUGUGAGCUGCUGGCCUUCGCUCAGCCCAGUUUGAGCUCUGCCAGAAAGCUGGGGCUUCAUUUUCCUGUUCGGGGAGACUUCAGCUGCCUGUCCCCGGACCAAACACACUUCCUCCUCAAACAGCAGGAGAGGGCGCUCUGCAGGACACAAGCACAGAGCGCAGAGCUGAUCAUAAAUCAGGAACUGCUUUUCAACCAGGCGGCUCUGAUUCAUGUGCUGGUGACAUUUAAGGAGCUGCUGCUGAAGUGUGACCUUGCUACUGCAUUGGAGUACCUGACCAAGGCAGCUGAGGCGUGUGCGGAUCAGAGUCUGGUGCAGCUGGUGAAGAGGCUGCAGAUCAUCCUCUACCUCAGUCACAAGAACCAGGAGUCCAACCUCAAACUGCUGGAGCUGCAGAAGCUGCUGGCUUCAUGGCUGCACGGCAGAACAGGACAGAACAACAUGGAGAAAAUUCUUGUCAUAAUAUCAGUUGACUCUGACGACAUCAGAUCUUUAAUCAUCAGCAGUUUGAGCCACGUGGCUGGUGCUGCUGUAACAGCUGUUUGUCCUGAGGAGGGCAAGAAAAAAAUGAACGGUGCCAGUGUGAUCAGCAGCAUGUGUGACAGUGUGUGUGUGGUGGUGUAUGAGCAGCACGUUGGCCCUGACUUCCCCUGGAGCAGUUUCUCUCUGGUGGUGGAGUACGACCAUGCAGGCCAGUCACCGUGGGCAACAGUCUGCAGAGAGAGGAGCAUCAGUCACCUCACCUUCAACACAUCCAUCGAUGAGCAAAAAGCCUCGUGGUGCCUCGAGGACAAUGUGCCGUAUGUGUUGUUUGUCACAGAGGGGCUUCUCAACUGUGCACUGCUGCUUCAGACACUGGAGUCAGGGUUUGAAAUAACUGUUCUGGAGAGGAGCCACUGUCCGUCCCUGCAGAUGCUCGGAGGGACCCAUCACUACGCUGUGAUCACAGUGGAUGAAAGCACCGCUAUCAUGGUCCAGGAGGAGGAUGAACUGUGUCAGGAGCGAGCCAGUGAGAGAGUAGUGAUGAGGCUGACCGCUCUGUCUCUGCAAUACAACUCCUGUUGGCUCAUCCUGCACUGCAGAGACAGCAAGGGAGGAGGAUUUUCCACUGAAGCCUUCAGCAACUUGGUGUUGGUUUAUUCCUCUCUGGUGCUGUUCGGCAUGAAGUCUGAGGAUCUAGACAUCAAGGUGCUGAUUGUGUCCGAGGUGACUGAAAUAGCCAAAUGGAUCAGCCAGAUCUGCUUUCACAGCCUGAUGGCCAGUGAGAAGGACCCGCUCAACUACCUGGACAGAGACUGGCUGACUGUGAUUCCUUCAGAGGAGGAAAAGUGUCUGUCUCAGUUCCCGUGUAUCAACCCUCUGGUUAGUCAGCUGAUGCUGAGGAGAGCGCCGACCGUCCAGUGGCUCCUGGGGGCCUCUCUGUCUCAGCUGAUGGAGCUGCUCCCCGAGGUGCCACAUAAAGUCCUCAAGCUGUUCAGUGACACCACCUCCCUGUACACACUGACCACAGACCAGCCCGAGUCUCAGACACUCAUCACUGAGACAAAUCAACACACCAGUCCACCAAACAGCCCCUGGACCACCACUGCUGCUCCAGAGUACAUGAACUCUGACCCACAGCCAGAACCCCCCAUCACGCCCCAUCCAGAACUAUUCAGUAGUGACCACAACACCAGCUUCCUGUUCAGAGCUGAUCGCAGCUUCAGUGAACCGGACCCAGACCCGAUGGUGCAGGAGGGCAAUGCGGAUUUCAGACUGGACUUGAGUUCCUCCUUUGGCAGCCCAGAUGUUCCCCUACAGAGGAGCUGGACCAGCAGCGAUCCAUGGAGAGAGGAGGACCGAGGCAGAGAGGAGGUGACGUUUUCUGGCUGGAGACGCAGAGCUGGAGCAGUGGGGAGAGUUGUCGGAAGAGUAAACGAUGAGUGGACUCCGAGAGCUCCAACAAACCUCAGUGCCGACACUCGAGGAGUCAGAAUGGAAAGUCCUUUCAAGCUGGACUCCACAUUCACUUACAGCCACAUCCUGCAGCAGCCAGCCAACAGUCAGAUCUCCACACACUCUGCAGUUUACAGCGACCUCCAGUACCCAGAUAUCAACCACAUUUCCUUCAGUCUGAGCCCGCCCGCAGAGGUCGAGAGGUGGGGUCGAGGUCAAAACAGCGACGAAUACCUCACGAGGAGCGCAGAGAAAACGCCGAUUUCAGCCAACUAUGGCUCCAAAUGCUGGAUAGGACAAGAGAGGAAGAGGAGGGGCGAAGCUGCCGGUUUGGUUGGAACAGUGUUGACACCACUGAAGAGGGGGAGGCUGAGCUAUGAGAAGGUGCCCGGCAGAAGUGAUGGACAGACGAGGCUCAAAUUAUUUUAGGCAUGAAUGCUUUGUUUCUUGUCUGUGAAGUCAAGACAGUUUCGUUAGAUUCAAGUUAUUUGCAUAAUUUAAGCUUCAGAGUUUUUAUUCAUUGUUAUAUGAUGUUUUAUUUUGCCUGGUUAGUCUGCAAAAGAGUUUAUAUUGUAAGCUAAGUUUCCCAUUUUGAAAUAAGGAUAAAAUGUCUAUAUUUUAGGCAUUUAUUCUCCUAUUAACAAGCAACAGUGCUCCUCUCCUGAUUUUUCUUUUGAACCAGCUGUGUUGAGGGGGAAAAAAAAAAGCAGGAACAGAAAUAAAUCUCAAUAGAGUACAGUAAUUGCUGACAAAUUAAUACAAAUUAAUUAUUUUCAGUCUAAUAGUUUUAUUAUUUAAAAUACUUUAUGUAUUUUAAAAUAUUUUAGUUUUAUUAGUUGUUUGUUAUAGGAUUUAUUAUGAGUUGUUUUAAGACUUAUGCUUGAAUUUCACAGCACAAAUGGUAUUUAUGUGAUUUAGUUUAAUCAAACCUACAACAAUUGUUUAUUAUUUUAUGUAUAUUUUGAAUUACCUGUACUGUUACGCAUUCAGAACUGGAUUCUGGUGUAUAAACGGAUAAUAAAGGCCAAUGUAACACAGUUGUAAUUUUAUAAGUUGAAAAUACUGCAUAUUAAUAAACAGU